AUGACGAUGCGCACCGAUUACCCCCGCUACCCGCGUGACGUGCGGGAGAAACAAAUCGUCUCGCGUCCCGCGCGGGAGCGGCGACUGGCAGAGCUGCACCUUACCGCCUAUCCCAGCGUGGUCAACGAGAGUGAAAUGCCAACCUACGCCGACAUGGACGAUGGACAGCUGCAGCAAAAGAAGAAAACAAUGCCUAUGCCAACGGUCAGGAUGGGGGAACGGGGCGUUGCACUCAUGUCAACGAACCAACUCGUCGCGCGCAUGGCGGAAAUGGCGCGGGAGGAGGCACGCCAAAAGGCAGAGUCGACGACAAAGCAACCGCUGCUGGCCCCUCACGGCCGCGGCGCGGCGCACGGUGUCCCGUUUGAUCGCAGCUCAACGUACCGCCUGGACUACUGCAGCAAGGAAGCGCCGGGCUUCCACCAGCGGGUGCGCGUUAUACCGGACCACAGAAAGGAUUGGAAUGAAACGGACAAGGCAAACAUUGACGCAGCCAAGAUGUUUCCAUACUUAACAAUGCCGGAGAGUAUGCUAAAGAAUCGGCCAACCGUAUACCGCCAUGACUACAUCCCUGAAGCGGAUCGCGAGGAUUACCGGACGCUCUCACACAAGACGAACCUGCAGGACGUCGGCACCUCCUUCGCGUAUUCUGCGUAUUCCAUCGACGACCCAGCCCGUGUGGUGAAAUACGACAAGUGUGUCGCCUCGUGCCGACAUCCCCGCUGCAUAUUGUGGAAGACGUACAGUCCACGGGACUCCUUCAUGGAGAAGAAGCGGACGCCUGAGUCUACAUCCGAGGAGUUGAACCGGCUGCGCGAACUGCGACGCAAUCAACUCUCGCGUUCAACUCAGAGCAGCUCGUCCUCCGGGAAGGCUGCAGCGGAAGCUGGGGAUGGGAGGGGUAAGAAGAUUGUGUUGCCGGGUAUGCGGGGGAUGGGAUCACGUCAGGCACCGAGGCACGGUGAGGAGUACAUUUACCUCCCGCGGGAUCACUUCGUCCAUCAGACAGUGUACGAUUACUAG